GAUGCUGACCCUGGUCCUGCAACACGGCUGGGCAGCAGAGUUGGGAGGAGAGAGGAGUGUGCGGUGACCCCUCUGUCACGUGGAAGACUCCCUCUUCCACGUGGACAUCCCCAGCCCUUUGUUGUUCAGGGAGCUCCCAGCCGUAGCCUGCUUGUCUGGAUAGCAGAGAAGGUGGAGAUUCCGCCACAGCAGGACCUGCUGGUGGGCUGUCAGUGAGACCCGGCAUGGCCACAGUCAGGCAGGAGCAUUGUCAUCUGGGGCACCUGGCAUCGGGGGACAGACGGUCUGUGUCCUCAUGGCUGCCUGAAGCUCGUGUUCCUGACAGGUGCCAAGGCGAGCCGCCUUCCUGGGAGGCUGAAAGUACACUGUUUCGGAAGCAGACCUGGGGACUCACGAGGGUGUGCCCUGUUGCAGUGGGGGCUUCUUCAUCGGUUUCCUCUGCUGUGUGGGUAGGGUUACCCGGGACAAUGGCCGAGAAUUCCAGGCCCGUGUCCGAGGCAUCAGGCGCAGAGAAGCUGCUGCAAGUUUAAUGAGCUGGUUGCUAAUUGCAGCCUUGGGGGCCCGGCUUCCUACCCUGCCAGCUCUGGGGUGGCAGGGCUGGUUCCUGUGCAGAACUCCUGGCUCCCUGGUUCCCAGGCUCCAGUCUGGCAUCACCUGGUAUUCUUGGUGAAGGGACUGCAGGCUGUGGGUGGGAGUGGAGGCUGUACUUGAGACUCUGCCUGGUUGUGUAGUUGGGAGAGGAGAUGAUGGGAGCACCCACGUUUGGGGCAUUUUCAGGGUAAAAGAGGACAUGCCCCUCCCGGGGUGGUAACCCGCCACUCUCCUGUGGCCCCUCCUCAUUCCUGGGUCUCAGCAGUGGACUGGCUGGCAGUGGGGACCUGCCUCACGUGCAGGAGGGAAGGACGAAAGGACCGUGUCAUGGUCACUUAGCUGGUAUGUAAGUUGGAGCUGGGACAGUGGCUCAGGUCUUUCCUGGUCCAGGUUUCUGUUCUAAGAGGGGCAUCACUGUCUUGAUCAGAAUCCCAGCCACUUCUUCUGAGUCGAGGACCUCUGGUGUGGCCAGCCUUUGCCCUGCCUGUCUCGGUGGAGCCGAUGUUUCAUGCUGACCUCCUUGUGGGCCAGCCUUGCGUGCGCCAUCUCUGGCCUCUUCAACUGCAUCACCGUCCACCCCCUCAACAUUGCGGCUGGCGUGUGGAUGAUCAUGAACGCUUUCAUCCUGCUGCUGUGCGAGGCGCCCUUCUGUUGCCAGUUCGUGGAGUUUGCAAACACGGUGGCGGAGAAGGUGGACCGGCUGCGCUCCUGGCAGAAAGCCGUCUUCUACUGCGGGAUGGCUGUUGUCCCGGUUGUCAUCAGCCUGACGCUGACCACCUUGCUGGGGAAUGCCAUCGCCUUUGCCACCGGAGUGCUGUAUGGACUGUCUGCUCUGGGCAAAAAGGGUGAUGCCAUCUCUUAUGCCAGGAUCCAGCAGCAGAGGCAGCAGGCAGACGAGGAGAAGCUCACGGGGAGCCUGGAGGGGGAGCUGUAAUGCAGUCAGGGCCCUUCCUCCCGCGACUAUCCCUGUUCUGUGUGACAUCCGGAGAGACGAGCCUGGAAUGUGACCCUGGGGGACAGCCUGGAAGAGGAGGCUUCGCCUGGCCCCCAUAGCCCUCUGUGCUCAUCCCCCGCAUGUGGUGGCCCGUUUUCCCAGCUGGGUGUCUCCUGACCCAGACUCUGUGGGAGCCAAGGAGUCAGGCAGGGCUCUGAGCAGCCAGGAGACUGUAGCGGCGAUGGGUCGUGUGAGCCUCAGGUGACCCAGCCGUGGGACAGGAGGCUGAGCAGAGCCCCACAUCAGUCCACUGCCCCCUCCUCCUUGGCCAGCCUUGUUCAGCCUGAAGUGAGCGCUGGUGGACUUUCAGACCCCCCACAGCUGGGGCAGCCCCGCUGGGGAUCUGACGAUGGCUUGGAGGAGUCACCUCUGCAGAGGUCGGCCCUCCUGGUACUUGGGGCCCGGGAACUGGCCAGAGCAAGCCUCCCCAGCUCUCCAGGCAGAGAGCCCCUGGGGACUGAGCCACCCUGGGCUGGUAUCAUCCCUGAUCCCUGUCAUAUGGGCAGAGGGUGUUGCAGGGCUGCGUCCUGGGCCUGUUCUGCUGCCCACGGCUUCCCUGCUGCUACUCUGCCCUCCGCUGGGGCCACAGUUCUCCUGAGUGCACCCCCACCAAUGAGCAGAUUGGGUGGUGACCUGACAGUGGAACUCUGGGCUGAGUGCCCCUCCCAAGUUCCUGGAACCUUGGACCUGGGAACACCCUGUUGGCGCUGUUCCCAUGGACCUGUACCCCACCCAUCUCAGGCCUUGGUGCUCGGCAGGGGGAGAGCAGGCUCUCCUGCCCGUGGGGGUGCCCAUGUCAGCUCCAGGCCGGGCUGACCCACUCAGGUACUCUUCUUGGUCCACCCCCGGCCACGCAGUCUCCAAGCUCUUGCCUCGGAAGCUGGCUGAGGCUGAGCUGCCACCCCACUGAGCGCUCGGCACUGAACUGUCCCCAGUGAGCUGUCCCCACUGCCUGGUGCUGGCUACCAGGAGCAGAGCUUACGUGGAGGGCAGGCAGGCACAGUGCAGCACCAAGGUGUACCCGCCCUCCUCCCAGCCAGUCUUCUCCCCCUAGUCUGCAGUUAGGGCCCAUCUCCGGGGCCUGGAGGAGCCUGGGGUGGGUGACCCAGCUCCAUCCCAGCCCCAGCCUGAGCUCAGCUGGGCUGAAAGAGCCCCAGGCUGUGUGGAGGCUGUGUUUCCAGGAGGGGCUGAUAGGGAGCCAGCGUUUGAGGCCGGGAGGGAGCAGCAGGCUCUGAUUUGGGGUGGGGGCUCACUGAGGGUCUGCCCAGCCCUGCGGUGGCUGAGGAAAUGUUAGUAGGUGUCAAGGUCAGCAUUCUCACCACCCUCCCCCCCGCCCCGCCUGACCAGGGGUGGCAGGGGUGGGUGCAGCCCACGUGCCUUCUGGGGUCCUCUGGGGCCACCUUCCUCAGCCAGUGCCGGUUUCAAGGGCUGUGGGCUCCAGACCCUUCUAUGUGUGUGUGUCUGCUGCCACGUGUGCAGUGAAGACCGGUCUACCUCCAGGAGGCGCUCGGGCCCUGCCCACCCUUCCAUCUGCUCACUCUCACCCAGCUGUCUGUCCCUUCCCCGGGGCUGGAUCAGGAAAGUCGCAGCUCUGUCCUGUGGGGGGAAUGUGUAGGGGCUGGGAGAGUGCAGAGCAGGGGUUGAGGGGGAACGGCACUCAGCACCAAGAUCCAUAGACCAGACGGGUGGUCGCUUCCCCCAGGUAGCAGCGAGACCAUCACUGGGCAGGCCCUGAGCCCACAGCCCAACUUCGCAGCAGGGGCAGCCUCCACGGCGGCACCCAGCCUUGUUCCCAGCACGGCCUGCCCUGCCCGCACUGGGUUCCUUCGUGCUCCGGCCUGCCCCACGUGUACUCUGAAUGUCUGUGUUCUGAGCAGUAAAGGAGGCUCGAGUCUGCCCACCCUGCA